AUGACUAAUGACCUUAGAGACAUUUUCGACAAAGGUUCUAACAACUGCAAUGUUUUUCGUGACGUCUUCGCUAUAUCCGUGUUGUCCACUGCCGGCUCGGACACUCCGAACACCGCAAAUGUUCUGGCGUUGGUGGAUAAGUUUUGCGAGAUUGUGAAUGGGACUGAAAAAAGCGGAAACACUGAUAUAAUAAAACAAGCUGUGACAGAUGGAAAAUGUUAUAUACAUUGGGAUUUUUUAAAAACCCAUUGCUCCUCACUGAUGUCCCAUUUUGGCAAGUUGUUCAACGAGAAAGCAUUUUCCUUUACCGGCUAUAUGCGGGAACGGGGGGAUCUUAACGAGAAGAAUUUUGUUCGGAAGACGGCGGAAUUCUUGAGAGGUAAUUUGAACGAUGUGAAGAAGCAUAUGGAGAAAAUAAAGCUUUAUCAAGGAACGGACUACCAUGCUGUAUUCUCCAGAGAUAGGAAUCACCACAUGGUUUCGAAUUAUUACGUUGCGCUUGAGGAGUAUUUCAAGAAAUAUUUUUUCCCAUACGGUUUCACAUUUUACGGAGAGAAAAUCUAUACAUCGCCGAGUGAGCAGCAUAAAAGUUUGUACGACUGGAAUGCUGUAAUAGAGAUGCUUCGCAGCAACGACGGCGGCCUGGAGAAGCUUCUGGAGAUUUUGAAUGGUAAGCCGUGCCCAGAAGAAAAAGUCAAAGAACCAGAGACUCCGUCGGUAACUGUUCCCGAAGCCCCCAAGGAAGUCGUGCCCGAAAAAAAAGUUCCGGAUGUGCCACCUAAAGAACCAGAGGUUCCUCAAGCUGACGCAAGUCCCGAUAACACCGUAACCGAGGUGACGAAGCCUGUGACUAGUAAUGGUGACGGAGCACAGAAUCAGGAUAAUGAUGCCAAGGAUGAACAGAAUGAUAAAGAUGCAGAAAGUAAAGGGGCUCUUGAAACUCAACACGACGAUCCAAGAAUUUCAGAAGGAACUUCUAAUUCAUCGAGUUCACCAGGCAUCGAUUCUUCUGACCCCACGCAUCAUGAAGUUCAGCGCACCCCGGACAACAUAGGGCAUGGCUCUGACAUCAGCCCUAAUGAGACGUCAAAGAACCAUGACUCUGGUGAAGGUGAAAGUUUGGGAGGGGGUGAGAAUGGUCAGGUUGAUGGCGAGGCAAUUCUCAGUGUCGAUGGUGAAACGGUGCACGAUAAACAGGGGGCAGAAGUGCCAGAAGUUAGCACGGAGGUGAUUUUAGAAGUGGAUGGAAAUGUUGUAAAUGAUUUUAGCGAUCUUGUGGGGAUAUAUUUAGAUGGCACAAUCAUGCCGGAAGAUCCGGAUCUUAUCUUGCAGAAGCUAAAUGAAGAAGCAAAUAAGUGGUAUAAGGCACAUGUACUUAGUACUGGAUUCACUGGAGAUGCCAUACCUGAUGCCAGAGGCAAUCAGGAACCUACGGAUUCGCAACUCGGUUUCGCCACUGGAGAUGUAGUGGGUGAAUCCAUCAAUGACAAGCCAAGCCAAGCCUUACACCAAGAUGAAAUCAAAGAACCAUCACCAACGUAA